ACCACCAAAUCACAAACCAUUCCAUCAGAUCAAAUCCCAGCCGUUUAAUUUGAUCAUCCCAAAGAUGUUUGAGAUUAUUCAGGCGGUUUUCGCUGCCGGGGCUGCACUAGCUCUUUUGACAUUCUCCGCUAUAACCCUCGGUGGCUCAGUGGUCGCAUUUGUCAUAAGCACACCGCUUUUUGUCGUUUUCAGUCCCGUUCUCGUGCCAGCGACUAUAGCCACUACAUUGCUAGCUUCAGGUUUCACAGCCUCCGGUUCCUUUGGUGCCACGGCUUUCUCCAUCCUUGCGUGGAUCUACAAGAAACGUACAGGGAGGGACCUGCCAAAAAUUCCAGGAUUGACGCCACCUGCUCCGGCGUCUAGUCCAGCAGGCUCCGGCGUCUAAUCCAGCAGAAUCGGGGAAAUACGAUUAGGCGUUUCCUAAUUUGGGAUGAUGUAUGGAGGAACUUGAUCAUACUUAAUUACUGGGGUUCCAUAAAUAAAAUAAAAAUUUAUCC